AUGCUGCGCGCCACUUCUCGUCUGCAAGCUCUUUCCUCCACUCUGUCUCAACUUCCGACUACUCAGUACCGUGCCCAAUCUACCAAAAUGUCUGCCAACAUGUCCGUUGUCACUGCCAAGGAUGCCUGCCCUCCUGCCGGUCCUUACUCUCAGGCCAUCCGUGCCAACGGUCAGAUCUUCGUCUCCGGCCAGAUCCCCGCUGAUGCCUCCGCCAACCUCGUCCAGGGUAACAUCGGCGAGCUGACCCAGGCUUGCUGCGACAACAUCAAGGCCAUCCUGACCGCUGCGGGCUCCAGCGUUUCCAAGAUCGUCAAGGUCAACGUCUUCUUGACUGAUAUGGCCAACUUCGCGGAGAUGAACGCUACCUACGAGAAGUUCUUCACCCACAAGCCUGCGCGUAGCUGCGUUGCGGUUCACCAGCUGCCCAAGGGUGUCCCUGUCGAGAUCGAGUGCAUUGCCCUGGAGUAA